AUGUUUGUCUACCUUUUUGAUGAUGUUUCAGGAAACAAUUUCAAUUUAGAGAUUUCAUCUUCUAGCACUAGCCCUCAUGAAUCAAAGCCUAGCAAGAUCAACGGAAAUCUCAAGAAAGUUGAAAAAUCAUCAGGAAAGCUUGAUGUUACAGCAGAGAGAAGUGUGAAAACUGAGACAUUCAGUUGUUUGCAACAUUUGACAGCCACUGAAAAGGCAUACGCUGCUCAGAUAGCCAGUUCAUGGAAGAGUACUGGAAACCCAGUUUUUAUUGUCGUCAUGAUACCAUCAUCCUUGUCUAAUCGUUAUAGAAUGGGCAUACCUUCGGACUUUGCUUGGGAAUAUUUGACAAUGCUAAAGUGUAAUCUGACCUUAAGCAACUCAGCUGAGAAAAUUUGGCCUGUGAAGUACCGUAGGAAUGCAGGAAAUACAAUUCUGCAAGCAGAGUUCUAUGGUGGUUGGCAUGCAUUUGCAGAAGAUAAUCACCUUGGUGUUGGUGAUAUAAGUGUUUUCGAGUUAAUUAAGCAACCUGAAAUUCUAAUGAAAGGGCUGCAACCACAGAUCACAAGCUUUCCGGUGGCAACCAAGCAGAGAACGGCCCGUUUAUGGCCUCUCAAAACACCGCCGUGA